GAUGGCUUUAAUGAGAGGAUACGGGUAGAUUUGAAUGCAUCCACAGGACAGGGCAAGAGUAAACAAUGUGUUGGUUAUAAGGAGCGAGUUUCUGGCCUGAGGAGAGAAGCCGCCCCUGCUUCGAGUGGGGCCUGCAAAGGAGCGUGAGAGAAGCAAGACCCUGGGCAGCUGCGAGGGGAGGAGCCGAAGGCAAGCGCCCGGUGCUGGAAGGAGCCCGAGCGGGAAGAAAGGAAGGUGGAGGAGGAGGAGGAGAAGAAGGCCGGCGCUGGGUGGGAGCUUAGGGCUGUGGAAAAGGCGGCGCCGAGGCCACGCUGGGGCGGAGCCGCCUCUUUCGCCCAAGCGGGCUGGGAUGCCGAAAGGAGCUGCUUGUUUUUCUUUUUCCCGCCGCAACCGGGCCGCGGCGAGAGGCUGCUUUUCCCCUUCAAGAAGCUGCUACGUUGGCAACCCCGGUAGCGCCGUAUCCUAGUCCCGGGCGCUCGACGACUCCUUCCCCUCCCCGCGUCGCUUGGCUCUUUCCAGGGGCGCGUUUUGCCGGAGCCGCGCGGGUCCCAUGCUGCGCCGGGAGAGGCUCUGCCGCGCCGCCCCGCCGCCUGCUGCUGCUGCUUCGCCCUGCUGAGGAGGCGCUGCGCGGAGAGCAGAAAGAGAAGAGCGGGGCUCGGCUUGCUGGUGGUGCUUAGCCAAGAGGGAUUUGCGAGGAGGAGGAGUGGUGCCCGGGUGCCGCCGCCGCCGCCGCCGCCGCCAUGGGGCUGCAGCCCUUGGAGUUCAGCGACUGCUACCUGGACAGCCCCUGGUUCCGCGAGAGGAUCCGAGCCCACGAAGCCGAGCUGGAGAAAACCAACAAGUUCAUCAAGGAGCUGCUCAAGGAUGGCAAGAGCCUCAUCGCCGCCACCAAGAAUCUCUCAGCUGCCCAAAGAAAGUUUGCCCAUUCACUGAGAGACUUUAAAUUUGAGUUUAUUGGUGAUGCAGAAACAGAUGAUGAACGAUGUAUAGAUGCAUCCCUCCAUGAAUUCUCUAACUUUCUGAAAAAUCUAGAAGAACAAAGAGAAAUACUGGCCCUCAGUGUUACUGAAACACUGAUCAAACCUCUGGAAAGAUUCAGAAAAGAGCAACUUGGAGCUGUAAAGGAAGAAAAGAAGAAAUUUGAUAAAGAAACAGAAAAGAACUACAGUUUACUAGACAAGCAUUUAAAUAUGUCAGCUAAGAAGAAAGAAACUCAGUUAUUGGAGGCAGACUACCAAGUGGAGGUAAACCGAAAACAUUUUUAUGAACUGUCACUUGAAUAUGUGUGUAAGCUACAAGAGAUACAAGAACGAAAGAAAUUUGAAUUUGUAGAACCUGUCCUGUCAUUUUUUCAAGGAAUGUUCACCUUCUACCAUCAGGGUUAUGAGCUUGCCAAAGAUUUUAAUCACUACAAAAUGGCUCUGCAGAUUAAUAUCCAGAAUACAAGAAAUCGUUUUGAAGGGACAAGAUCAGAAGUCGAAGAUCUCAUGAACAAAAUCAAGCGAAAUCCCCUGGAGCAUAAAAGAGCAAACCAAUUUGCAAAGGAAGGCUACCUUUAUGUGCAGGAGAAAAGACCUGCACCAUUUGGGUCCAGCUGGGUAAAACAUUACUGCAUGUACAAGAAGGACACUAAGAAGUUUACAAUGAUACCCUUUGAGCACAGGUCAGGAGGAAAGAUUGGUGAGCUGGAAGUCCUUCUCCUUAAGUACUGUACCAAAAGGAAUACUGAUACUAUAGAUAGGCGGUUCUGUUUUGACAUGGAAGCACUAGAUCGACCUGGUAUGCCUGUUACCAUGCAAGCAUUCUCAGAAGAGGACAGAAACCAGUGGUUCGAAGCCUUAGAUGGAAAAGAAGCUGUGUUUCUCAAUUUGAACAGGGCUAACAUAAAAAGAGAAGGAAGUGCACAGUUGGAUAAGCUUGGGUUCACAAUUCUGAGAAGAUGCAUAAGUGCUGUUGAAACAAGAGGUAUAAAUGACCAAGGACUGUACAGAGUUGUGGGGGUGAGUUCAAGGGUCCAGAGACUUCUGAAUUUGUUGAUGGAUGCAAAAACAAGUAAUGAAGUUGACUUGGAAAAUUCCAUGGAAUGGGAAGUGAAGACAAUAACAAGUGCAAUGAAACUAUACUUAAGAAGCCUUCCAGAGCCCCUGAUGACGUAUGAUUUACACGGAGAGUUCAUCGUUCCUGCCAAAAGUGGCACCCCCGAGUCCCGUGUUAACGCUAUCCAUUUCUUGGUUCAUAAACUUCCAGACAAGAACAAAGAAAUGCUCGAUAUUUUGGUGAAACACUUAGCAAACGUUUCAAAGCACGCCAAGAAGAAUCUCAUGACUGUAGCAAAUUUAGGAGUAGUGUUUGGACCAACAUUAAUGCGACCACAGGAAGAAACUGUGGCUGCCCUCAUGGACCUGAAAUUUCAGAAUAUUGUAGUGGAGAUCCUAAUUGAAAACCAUGAUAAGAUUUUUCAAACGCUGCCUGAUGCCACUUUCCCCGAGCCAAUUCCUGUGUCGGUAUCUCCUCCAAAUGCCCCACCACGACAAUCAAGAAGACAAGGGCAACGUAAUAAGAGGCCCAUUGCUGUAUAUAAUCUCUGUCUUGAGCUGGAUGACAGUGACAGUCUUAGCCCUACAAAAGAAUGCACACCCACUGGUAGCAUGGAUUCCUUGUCUUCUCAGUCUCCUACGACUGCUGCCCCCAGCAGCCCUCCAGAGGCAGAGAAAAAUCAACUUGUAGCUGACAGUGGUGACAUAGCAGACGGGACAACCAGUCUCUCCAGUGACAUUCAUUCAUCAAUGGUCUCCUGGAUGAAAGCGCAGGCGUGUACAGCAUCUACCUCGGACACACCAGCAUCAUCAACGUUCUCUUUUCCUUCCCCUGUAAGAGAGACUGACAGACCAUCUGGAAGAAAAGCAAGAGCAGUGUAUCCAUGUGAGGCGGAGCAUAGCUCUGAAUUAUCUUUUCAAAUUGGGGCAGUUUUUGAAGAUGUUUUCACGGGAACCCGGCUGGCUAGAAGGAACACUAAAUGGGAAGAGAGGACUCAUUCCCCAAAACUAUGUCCAGUUUUUUUAGUUUUCUUCGUUGAAUGCCUGGAAGGUGUACAUGGUAUCCAUGGAUUUUAUGAUUCAGUUGCUUCUCUUUGGCUUCACCCAUUUUUAAUCAGUUCAGGACCUGACAAUGAGAUGGAAGACCUUCAUCUGUAUAAAGACUUAAUAUUUUGCCAAAUAGGAAUUGAGCAGUAAUUUUAUAUGGGGAGGGGAAAGGGUGGGUAAUUUUAAAAAUAGUACUUUAGGUUUGUAAAGAAUCAUAAUUAUACAUAUGUAUGUUUGUAAGAUGAAUGUUAAAUCAAAAAAAGACUUGAUUGUGCAGUAUUUACUUUUACUCUUAACGAUCUGAGACAUUUGAAUCUUUUCUGGUUCCAACCCAGUCCCCAGCCAGCCUGACCUACCCACCUUAUUGAAAAAGUUGGGGAAAUGUUGGUAGUUCAGUGUAAGCUGGUAUCUUUGUGAGGGUUGCAGCAGGCUACUACAGUGUUAAUUGUCAAUUUAGUUUUCCCUUAUUUUGAAAGGGAGAAAUUUAGCUGGUGGAAGCAUCAUUAAUUUACACUCACAGGAAGGAAGAAUAAAAUACAGCUUUCAAAUGUCCACAGUGGUGCAGAUAAAUUUAUACAAAUUAUAUGGCUUCACUUAUUAUAUAUUUUAAAGGCACAUAUAUGAUCCUCUGAGUUCUGUAGGUUUCCUCCUACCGUCAACUUAUUGGAAUCAGGACAUCUUGUUCUCUAUUAAUGCUGUGGAAAGUAUGUUUACUGUUUUGAUAAUCUGUUGACGGAAGUUCACUUUUACAUAGGCUCAGACUAGUAGUAGCAUGCUGUUACUUUUUUCUUUCGCUUGAGACAAGUCCCAAGACUGACACAGAGGAUUGUAAGGAGAACUGCUUAACUCUUCUCCUACAACUAUUUUCCACCACCACCCCACCCCCCAGAAACCCUCCACCCUUCGUCUUCAAGCAGCUGGGUGGAGGCGAUUUUUUUUACCAGGAAAAAAAAACCUGAAAGGGAAAGAUUUAAGGAACCUGCUCCCCACAAGGCUGCUUUUGGAGGAUUUAUUUAUUUUUUUAAGUUUGAUACACUUGACUACGUAUCACAUCUACUUUGAGUCUUAGUUGUCCAUGUAACUUUGCAUACAAUCAGGGAUAAUUUAUGCACUGCUUAUUUCCAACAGAAUAAUGGAAAGGCUCUUCAACUGCCAGUUUCACAUCACAGUUAAUGUGAAAAGAAAGAAGCUUCACUUUACUGCAAUAUACUGUUCAUUCAUGAUUGUAAGUUUUCACAUGUAUUAUUAAUUUGCUAUGACCAGAGUUGUUUCAAUACAACACUUUUUUUAUAUAAAAAGGAUUUGUUUU